AUCCAAGCGACAAAGAGACCUUGUCAAUAAUUUACACACACAAGUCUCUGUUUGAUAAUCGUUAGAAAAAAAAAAAGAAAACAAAGUAAGCUGCCCUAGGUGAAACCAAGAGUUCAAGUUCAACACAAGACGCUAUUGAUAAGAUGAGUGGACGCGACAAUCGAGGCGCCGGUGGCGGCGGCGGCGGCGGAGGAGGAGGAGGAGGCGGUGGACACCACCAUCAGCCGCUGAGCAGCGCCAUGGGAAAACUUAAGGAAAAACUGACACGAGCCGGCGAGGAGCUGGGCUACCAUCGCGUGGAGAGCAAUCUGUCCACAUCAAAUACAGGCACCAGCCUGGACACAAUACUACCGGAGGAUCCCUUUCCGUUUCCCCAGGCGGCGCCGCAGCGCCAUCCACAGCAGCAGCAGCAGUUUCCACAUCUCCAGAGUCCACAGCAACAGAGACAACAACAACAACAACAACAACAACUGCAACAGCAACUGCAUCUGCAACAGCCACAGCAACAGUUGCAGCAGCAGCUGCAUCUGCAACAGCCACAGCAGCAGCUGCGCCUGCUGCACGACGUCGACGACGAGCCGCCGCUCUCCUUUCGCCCGCUCCUAGAGGACGUGGACAUCAACGAGCCGCCGCAACAGAUACACGUGCAACAGCAGCAGCAGCAGCUGCAGCCGCAGAGGACAGCCUUGCGGGCCAGUGGCAGCUUGGAGUUGACGCCGUUGCCGCCGCCGCCGACCUCGCUGGAGCCGCAUCGGGAUCGCCAGCAGCGCAGCAUUGUGACGGGCGGUGAGGAGCUGCAGCGCAGCAAGCAGUCGCUGAAGGGUUCGCGGGUGUCGUUCGAGAAGCCGCGCGGGGAGCAGGUUGCCGCCAAGGCGGCGGAGAGCAGCGACGAGGAUAGCUUUGAGGAUAAGCGCAUCGGUUUCCAGCAGCAGAAGGCGACAUCGGUCGAUCACAAGGGCAUCCUCAAGGACUUGAAGCAUAUAUUGGCCAAUGAUAAUCGGCGCCAGUUUCAGGCCAAGAAGCACGUCUCGCUCGAUAUUAAGGGCACGCGCUUUCUGAAGGAUCUGCUCAAGGAUUCCUCGUCGGAGGAGGAGUUUCACAAGACACGGCGCGAAUUCCAGGGCCGCAAGCAUCAGAGUCUCGAUCCGCGGGUCACCUUCAAGCUAGACAAAGUAUUACAGGGCUCCAGCACCGACAGCGACGAGGAGGGCGACGACGCCGAGCACAAACGGCUCAUCCAUCGGCCCAAGGACAUCACCAAGCCAGUCAUUAUUGACCUCAAGGAUCUGGAAAGCGAAAGCGACGAGGACUUUCUCACCUCGCGCCAGAGCUUCCAACAGCAGCGCUCGAUUAGCACAGAUUCACGCAAGAGCCGUCGACUGUACGAAAUGGACGAGAUGGGCAACAAGCGGGGCGACAACAUCCGCCACGCGGUGCCCUUUGUACGCCAGAUAACCGAGGAUGGCAAGCCCAAGCUGGAGGUCUACAGGCCCACAACGAAUCCCAUCUAUAUAUGGACACAGGUGCUCGCUGCGCUCAGCGUUUCGUUGGGCUCCCUGGUCGUGGGCUUCGCCAGCGCCUACACCUCGCCCGCCCUGGUCUCCAUGACCGACACGAAUCAGACGUCCUUUGUGGUCACGCCCCAAGCGGCAUCCUGGGUAGGUGGCAUCAUGCCACUGGCUGGUCUGGUUGGCGGCAUAGCCGGCGGUCCGUUCAUCGAGUAUCUGGGCAGGCGCAACACGAUCCUGGCGACGGCUGUGCCAUUUAUUGUCUCAUGGCUGCUGAUUGCCUGUGCCGUCAACGUGGUCAUGGUGCUCUGCGGCCGCUUCUUGGCCGGCUUCUGUGUGGGCAUCGCGUCGCUGUCGCUGCCCGUCUACCUGGGCGAGACGGUGCAGCCGGAGGUGCGCGGCACGCUCGGUCUGCUGCCGACGGCAUUUGGUAACAUUGGCAUACUUCUCUGCUUUGUGGCCGGCACGUACAUGGACUGGUCGAUGCUGGCCUUCCUCGGUGCAUCGCUGCCCGUGCCGUUCCUUAUACUGAUGUUCCUCAUACCGGAGACGCCGCGCUGGUACGUCAGCCGUGGACGCGAGGAGCGCGCACGCAAGGCCCUCGUCUGGCUGCGCGGCAAGGAGGCCGACGUCGAGCCAGAGCUGAAGGGCCUGAUGCGCUCGCAGGCGGAUUCCGACCGACAGGCGACUCAAAACAAAAUGCUCGAGCUGCUGAAGCGCAGCAAUCUGAAGCCGCUGUCCAUAUCCCUGGGUCUGAUGUUCUUCCAGCAGUUGAGCGGCAUCAAUGCCGUCAUCUUCUAUACGGUGCAAAUCUUCCACGACGCCGGCUCCACCAUUGACGGCAAUCUCUGCACGAUCAUUGUGGGCGUGGUCAACUUUAUAGCAACGUUCAUCGCCACGCUUCUCAUCGAUCGGGCCGGACGCAAGGUUCUGCUGUAUGUGUCCAACGUGAUGAUGGUCUUGACGCUGUUCGUGCUGGGCGGCUUCUUCUAUUGCAAGUCCAGCGGCAUGGAUACCUCCAAUGUGGGCUGGUUGCCGCUGAGCUGCUUUGUCAUCUACAUUCUGGGCUUCUCGCUGGGCUUUGGACCCAUUCCCUGGCUGAUGAUGGGCGAGAUUCUGCCCGCCAAGAUACGCGGCUCUGCUGCCUCGGUGGCCACCGCCUUCAACUGGUCCUGCACGUUCGUGGUGACCAAGUCGUUCCAGGACAUGAUAGAUUUCAUGGGCGCACAUGGUGCCUUUUGGAUGUUCGGCGCCAUUUGCUUUAUCGGCCUGUUCUUUGUGAUAUUCUAUGUGCCCGAGACGCAGGGCAAGACGCUGGAGGACAUCGAGCGCAAGAUGAUGGGACGCGUCCGACGCAUGUCCUCCGUGGCGAACAUUAAGCCCUUGUCCUUCAACAUGUAAUUCUGUGAAUGGUGGCCCCAAAAAAUGGAUCUUGAAGCGAUCAAACCAAAUAUUAGUCUAGUGCCUUAGUGCUUAAGUUGUACAACUAUCAAGAAAUCGAUAUCGAUAACGAUAACGAGAUCGAUACAUGUAUCGAUACCCGCAUCGAUAACGAUUAUUGUAGCUAUCACUGUAUCAGAUGUGUUAUGAGAGAGCGUGCCUUUGUUUUUAGCAAAAGAUUUUCCUUUACUUUCUACAUAAUUAUUGUUAUUAUUAUGAUUAUUAUUAUUUAUAUCGCUAAGUCGCGUAGUUUUAUGAUUCGUGUAAAUUAUGAGUUUAGCACUAAUUUUGUUGCCUAGAUGAUGAUGAAGUAAUCUCUGUAGAAAAAUGACAUACAUUAUUAUUAACUAAAUAUAAUGCAAAACUAUCCAGAA